AUGGGUAGCGAACUUUCAACGACAUUAAGAGCUAAAAAGUAUAGAGUUAUAAAUAAUGAAGACACCGACGUUAAUAAUGAGCAUGAAAUGACUGGUCGUAAAUAUACAGUAUCGAGUACUAAAUUUCCAGUAGCUGAUUAUAAUUUAGAUAAAGAAUAUAGUCAUCAUGAAUUCUUCUUGAAAGUCUGGGGCUCGAACUUUUUUUCUCCAAUCGAAUCUAUUUUAGAACAUGGUGAUGCCAAAGUCCUUGACGUUGGGGUUGAUAUUUCUACACAUAUUUUUGGUAUUUCUACACCUUAUGGUGCGAUGUGUUAU